GGCGCAUGGGGAGCCCGGCUGGUGGGCGCCGGAGAGCGCGGGACGACGGGGACGCGGAUCGGCAGCCCCCGGCCAGGCCGCCCCGGAGCGCCGUCCCAGGCCCGCGGCCAGGAGGGGGCCCUUCCCGGAUCCCCGGAAAGGAUCGCGGAACGCGAUGGGAACUAAAAACCAUUUUCCUCCCACGAAAAAUUUUGUUCAGUGCAGGUUACGGGAAGAAGAAAUGGCCAGUGAUCGUUCCCCAGGUUUCUUCAUGGAGGAACUUAAUAGAUACCGGCAGAAAAAAAAUGUAGCACUUGAGUAUCGUGAACUGCCUAAGACAGGACCUGCACAUGACCUAAGGUUUACAUUUCAAGUUAUAAUAGAUGGCAGAAAAUUUCCAGGAGCUGAAGGUAAAACAAAGAAGGAAGCAAAAAAUGCUGCGGCCAAAUUAGCUGUUGAGAUACUUAAUAAAGAAAACAAGGCAGUUAGUCCUCUCUCAUCGACAACAGACACUUCAGAAGCAUUCUCCAUUGGGAAUUACGUAGGCCUUGUUAAUAGGAUUGCCCAGAAGGCAAAAGUAACUGUAAAUUAUGAACAACGUCAAUUGAAGGACCAAGGGCCCAUGAGGUUUCAUUGUAAAUGCAAAAUUGGGCAGAGAGAAUUUCAUAUUGGUAAAGGUUCUACUAAACAGGAGGCAAAACAAUUGGCUGCUAAAAAUGCAUAUUUGCAGAUGCAAUUGGAAGACCCCUAUAUGAAAGCUGAUUCUUGUUCUUUUACUGCUGAGUAUAAUUCCAGAAGCAUCCCUUCUGAGACCAGCAAAUGUGCUUCCGAAUCAUCAUUGGAAAUUAUCUUUUCAGCAAAUGCACCAAUGAGAAAUCAUAACGGUGACAGUUUAAGUGAUUCUUCAUAUUCUAUGAAUGGUCUCAGAAGUAGUCACAAGAAGGUAAAAAGAAAUUUGGCACCUAGAUUUUAUCCUCCUGAGGGGAAUGGAAACAAGCAUACUGUGGACGUCAGGUUUGCCAAGGAUUUUAAAGAAAUAGAACCAAUUGGCACAGGUGGAUUUGGCCAAGUUUUCAAAGCAAAACACAGAAUUGAUGGAAAGACUUAUGUUAUUAAGCGUGUUAAAUAUAAUAGCGAGAAGGUAGAGCGUGAAGUAAAAGCGCUGGCGAAACUUGAUCAUGUAAAUAUCGUUCACUAUCACGCUUGCUGGGAUGGAAUCGAUUAUGAUCCUGAGAACGGUGGUUACAGUACGGAGAAUGGUGACUCUGAAUCUGAGAACAGCAUGAAUUAUUCAAGACCAGAGACUAAGUGUCUUUUCAUCCAAAUGGAAUUCUGCGAUAAAGGGACAUUGGAGCAAUGGAUUUAUGACAGAAAAGGCAAGAAACUAGACAAAGAAUUGGCUUUAAAACUCUUUGAACAAAUAACGAGUGGAGUGGAUUAUAUACAUUCGAAACAGUUAAUUCAUAGAGAUCUUAAGCCAAGUAACAUAUUUUUAGUAGAUACGAACCAAAUAAAGAUCGGAGACUUUGGACUUGUAACAUCCCUGAAAAACGAUGAAAAGCGAACAAGUAAUACAGGAACUCAGGCAUACAUGAGCCCAGAACAGAUUUCUUCACAAGAAUAUGGAAAGGAAGUGGACAUCUUUGCUUUAGGGUUAAUCCUUGCUGAACUUCUCAUAUGUGGCACUUCUAUGGAGAAAUAUAAGAUUUUCGAAGAUCUAAGGAAUGGUAUCUUCUCAGGUGCAUUUGAUGACAAAGAAAAAAUUCUUCUAAAGAAAUUACUCUCAAAGCAACCCAAAGAGCGACCUACCACAUCUGAAAUACUGAAAACCUUGUCAAUGUGGAAGGAUGAUGCCUCAGAGAAAAAGAAACGAAACACACGUUAGGGCCCUUCUAAAAAAGUAGCCUGUUUCUGUUACGUGAUAUUCCUUUAAUCAUCUAAAAUCUCAUAGGGAAUAUCAGUAUGAAUUUACCUUUUGUUUUCAUUUCCACUUAAUUUUUUACUACUAUUGCAAAACCCUGAGACAAAUAAAAGCCUUCUCAAAUA